AUUAAAAUACUCAAAUAAAAAUGGCUACCGCUAUUACUUGGAACGUAAAAAGAACCUUUGUUACCAUUAAAAAAAUUAAGAAUAUUAAUUUGUUAGGUACUUCCUGGACACCACUCUACGCUACAAAAUCAGGAUAUGCUAAAAAACCAUCGAUGGCUGGACUUGGAGGAAAAAGUAAAGGAAAAGGAGCAAUUGGUGUAGCUGUGCAAAAGAAAAGGCUUCCCGUUGAAACUGAUCCGCACAAGCUAGUCAAUUACGUCUGUGGCAGCAACAUUUACAAAGAUGGGCAGGAUAUCAAAAUUAAGGAUGACAGUGAAUAUCCUGAUUGGAUCUGGGAUCUCAGGUUAGGUCCUUUUCCUUCACUAGAAGAGUUAGAUCCAAAUACCUUGCAGUACUGGGAAAGGCUACACCUUCUGAAUGUUGCUCGAGGAAAUAGGCUUUUAAAAACUAAGAGACUGGGUGAAAUGCGGGUGAAUGAAGCCAAGAAGCUUGAAAAAUUGAAGGCUAUUAGGUUUAGAGCUCUUGCUUUUCACUAUCAUGACCCUGGGGUGGAAGUGAAAGGUCUUGAAUAGGAAGACACCAGUUUCAUGUAAGACUCAUUUAGUAAAUUGUACAGGAACAUGUAGUAUGAUAUUCCCAAAAAAACAAGCCUACUUGUAUAUGUUUAUCACUGUGUGGGAUGGUUAUUAAAAUAUAUAAUAUUGGAUACCAAAUGUUGUGUAUUUUGUAGACUUCU